AGACAAAGAGAAGUAAUGCUUUGUGCUGACUCAUAUUUGAAUCAAAGCAUCGCGGAAAGAACCAGUGAUACUCUGUCACUGAGCUUCCUAAGACUUCUGAAGAUAAGAAGUUAGAGGAAUAUACAUUUUCUUUUUGAACUUUUAUAACAAAUAUUUGCUGUAGUUUUGAAGCCCAGGACUGCUGGGGGUGUGAGUGACAAGUAUUACAAGUGGCCUUAUUCCAAGUCCAGAAAUUCCUCAGCCAGAUUCUUAUUUUAUACACAGCCCUGAAGUGACAGGAAACAUGCCAACUCAAUCCCUCUUAGUGUAUAUGGAUGGACCGGAAGUUAUUGGCAAUUCUCUUGGCAGCCAGAUGGAGCUAGAUGAUGCCAUGUCAGUAAAAGGGACCACCGCUGUUCCUUUCAGAGCCACGCAAGAGAAGAGCAUCAUCCAAAUCGAAGGCUACACGCCCUUGGACUGCAUGUUCUGCAGUCAGACCUUCACCCGCUCUGAAGACCUCAACAAGCACGUGCUGCUGCAGCACCGGCCCACCCUCUGUGAGCCCGCAGUUCUGCGUGUGGAAGCAGAGUAUCUCAGUCCUCUAGAUAAAGGCCAGGUGCGAACAGAGCCGCCCAAGGACAAGAGUGGCAAAGAAAAUGAAGACUUGAGCUGUGAAGUUUGUGGGCAGACAUUCAGAGCCGCGUAUGAGGUUGAGAUCCACAUGAAGACACACAAGGACUCUUUCACCUACGGGUGUCACGUGUGCGGACGGAGGUUCAAGGAGCCCUGGUUUCUGAAGAACCACAUGCGAACACACAAUGGCAAGUCGGGGGCCAAGAGCAAGUUGCAGCAGGGCUUGGAAAGCCCGGUCACCAUCAACGAGGUUGUCCAGCACCAGGCUGCGGAGAGCAUCUCCUCUCCUUACAAGAUCUGCAUGGUUUGUGGCUUCCUAUUUCCAAAUAUAGAAAGUCUGAUUGAUCACAGGAAGAUGCACACCAAAGACACGGCUUCCGGUGGCAGCAGUCCCCAGGCAGACUCCGAGCAGACGGGAAUGCCAGCCCCUAGAGACGAGUUCCUGCAGUUCCUAAACCUCAGACCCAAAGCUCACCCUGAAACUACGAAGCAGCCCACCAGAUGGAUACCUCAGCUCGACCCGUUCACCACCUACCAGGCCUGGCAGCUGGCCACCAAGGGCAAAGUCGCUGUCUGCCGGGAGGUGAAGGAGCAGCCCGGGCAGGAAGGGAGCACCGACAACGAUGAUUCAGACAAAGAAGAGCUUGGAGAAAUCUGGAACGGGAGUAAAAGCCAUCCUGAAGGUUCUGGAAAGUCCAGGUCCAAUAAGAGCGGUUGUACAGGCCUAGCACAAGAUAAGGAGAAGCCUAGACAUGCCAACGGUGAAGUGCCUUCUGGGGACGUGGACCCCAAGUUGUCCAGUAAGAGUGAGAAGCCCACGCAUUGCUCUGAGUGUGGCAAGGUGUUCAGAACCUACCACCAGCUGGUCCUGCACUCGAGAGUUCACAAGAAGGACCGGAGGACAGACGCCGAGUCGCCAACCAUGUCUGUGGAUGGCCGGCAGCCUAGGACGUGUUCCCCAGACCUAGCCGGCACCCUUGAUGAAAACGGACCCACAGAUCGAGAAGGAGGCUCUGAAGAUGGAUCCGAGGACGGACUUCCCGAAGGCCUCCAUCUGGAUAAAAAUGACGAUGGAGGCAAAAUAAAGCAUCUGACAUCCUCAAGAGAAUGUAGUUAUUGUGGAAAGUUUUUCCGUUCAAAUUAUUACCUCAAUAUUCAUCUCAGAACGCAUACAGGUGAAAAACCAUACAAAUGUGAAUUUUGUGACUAUGCUGCAGCCCAGAAGACCUCUCUACGGUAUCACUUGGAGAGACACCACAAAGAUAAGCAGGUCGAUGUGGCCGCUGAGGUCAAGAGCGAAGGGAAAAACCAGGAGCCCGAAGAUGCACUACUCAUCGCCGACAGUGCGCAAACCAAAAAUUUGAAAAGAUUUCUCGAUGGUGCCAAAGAUGUGAAAGGCAGCCCACCUGCCAAGCAACCCAAGGGCAUGGGCCCUGCCUUUCAGAAUGUUCUGGGCAGCGCUGUCCUCUCGCCAGUCCACAAAGAUACUCAGGAUUUCAAUAAAAAUGCAACUGAAGGUCGUGCUGAUCAGAUAGGCAGACACCCUGCCCCUGCUUAUUUGGACGUGUUAAAGAAGAGACCAGCGCCCGAAGCGCAGGCCAUCAACCUCGCUCGCAGAGCAGAAGUGGCUGCUCCGCCUCAUCCUCACGCAGACGCCACUGCCGCCCGCAAGGCCGAGGUCGGCCUCAGAGAGAAGGCAGAGGUGGCAGCGGACAGCAGAGUGAAGCCCAGCAUGGACUGUCAAGAGAAACCUUUAAACUUAUCCCUCGGGGCGCUUCACAGUUACCCGGCAAUUUCUUUGAGCAAGAGUUUAAUCCCAAGUAUCACCUGCCCAUUUUGUACCUUCAAGACCUUUUAUCCAGAAGUUUUAAUGAUGCAUCAGAGACUGGAGCAUAAAUACAAUCCCGACGGUCACAAAAACUGUAGAAACAAGUCUUGGCUUAGAAACAGACGCACUGGCUGCCCACCAGCUCUACUGGGAAAAGACGUGCCUCCCUUGUCCGGUUUCCCCAAGCCCAAGCCCAAGCCCAAGCCCGCCUUCCUGGCCCAGUCCAAGACCCUGCCGUCAGAGAAGGGGAAGCCGGGCCCCGCGGGGCCAGGCAAGGCCCCUCUGGCCUCAGGGAUCGACUCUAGCACUUUAGCCCCCAGUAACCUGAAGUCGCACAGGCCACAGCCCAGUGUCGGGGCUCAGGGGCCUCCGGCCGCCAGGCAGCAGCCCUCGGAGAUGUUUUCUAAAAGCGGAGUUUCUCCUGCCCCGGAGAAGACGAAGAGGCCAGAGACAAAGUUCAAAGCCCCGGUGGUCUCCGUGUCCCAGCCCUCGAUGAGCAGCACCAGCAAUGGCUCGGCCAAGCACGAUGGCCUGUGGCCACCCCCGGGAAGGGACUACUUCUGUGGCCGCAGCGCGAGCGUCGCCAGCCCGGAGCUCGGAGAGCCGCUUCCCAAGCGGCCAAAAGCCGGGCCCGUGGUCCUAGAUGCGGAGCAGCCCGGGCCCCACUACCGGAGGGUCCUCGACCUGCCCAAGUACCCGGCGGUCCGCGGAAUCACAUCGCUGCUGCCCCAGGAGUACGCGUGCCCGCCGCCAACGGUGCUGCCCGCCAAGCCGCGGUUCCUGGCAUCAGGCGAGAUCGACUCCUCCAAUGUGCUGACCAUACACAAGUCCUAUGGCGGGCCCGGCUCACUCUACACGUGUGCCCCUGCGGGCCCCGCGGCUGGCGCGGCCCUGGAAGGAAAAAGGCCUGUGUCGUAUCAACACUUAUCUAGCAGCAUGCUUCAAAAGAGAAACUAUGAGAAUUUUACUGGGAAUGCACAUUAUCGGCCAAAUGACAAAAAAACUUGAUUUCCUAUUUUGGGGAAGAAAGGUCUUGAUGGAUGUGUGCUCCAUGAAGUUGAGUCAGUUCAUCCUUCGAGAAAGUGAGCGGUGAAAGCUACUGAAAUAAGCUGUGACUGUACUGUACAUACGCGCAAGGAACACUACGUGCUGCAAAGGGGUUCUGUUAACUUUUGUACCAAAUAGCAAUAAAAACUUUAGUUGGAACAGUUGAGUUGUAUACAAAUGGAGACGGGAAAUCUCUAUUUUGUCCCUGAAUAAUAUUUUUCUUUUUUUUAAGAAUUGACCAAAUAAGCAGAGUUUUUGCAUACUUGAGUGCUGCUGAAAAGAAUCAUUUGGGCUGGGGGAGGGUGGGGAGAAAGUAUAUAAUGCUUGCACCUCAGGUAAAAUCUGUACAUAUAUAAGUUGUACCUGCUUGUUUCAAUACCCUGUGUAUCCUUCUCCUCAUGUAGCUCCUCACUCUGAGAAGUUCCUGCUAUUUGUGCUCUUUCAUUUAAGAUGUACGUUUUAAAAAUUUUUCUUGAUGAUUUGUAUUAUGUUAAAUUGUCCGCAGUCUGUUGUCUUAAAUUUUGUUAAUGGAAGUAUUGACCCUCUGUGAAUAUUGCUGCGUAUGUCGAGGUCAGCUACUCUGAUUUGGUGCCCUUGAUCACAAACGUCACGGUGUCGCCCGGGGGAGCCGCUCCACGGGCCCCUCUGGGGAGCAGGUGUCUGCAGGGCAGCGCUUCCUCCGAGCAGCCACCUGCCAGCACCGCACCAAAGUGUAUGUGGAGCUAUUCAAAUUAGUCUCCUCUCAAACGAAUCAUUUUUGUUGGAAAAUUCAGUUUUUUUAGGUGUUUGCUUAAAUUAGUAGAUAAAAAAUUAAAUGCUAAAUUAUACAUGAUACAGAUAUUGGAAGCAAUUUUCAAGGAAAUUAAAGUUUUGGGGACAUUUUUAGGUUUGUAUUGGAAGUCAGUGCGUCUGCACUGGGGUCAGCAGUGGGCAUAUUCAGACACGUUGGUUCUGAAUAAGAACUUCUGGCCCGAGCCUUCUGGUAACCGGGGAAGAAGUGGCCCGUUUCUAGACUUCGGUUGUCUUCCCAUUUUUGGUUUUAAAGCAACAGCGUUUUCUCAGGACACAUGCAAUUUGGGUUUUAAAGAGAAUAGAGCCACCAGUUGGCCAACUGGAUGUUUUAAACUUCCGUCCCCUUAAUUUGCAGUUUGUAGCUGAGUUCUCCAGCAGUCCCUGGGUUUAUACCAUAAAACAUUUUACUAAGAAAACUGUUUGAAAAAUAAUUUUGCACUGUUAAUGUUUCUUGUCUUAGGGGUAAAGUCCUAAGAGAAUCUUGAUUUUUUUGUUUGUUUGUUUUGUUUUCAUUAUGCAACAUGAAUGAGAAGUCUUAACUCCCAUAUGACAGGGAGACCGGCCUGAGAUCAGUCUGCUGGCCUUGCAGCAAAGUGCUUCGUAUCAGGAAAGCGUACACUAUUAACCCCUUUUCCUGUUCACAAGCUGAGCCAUAUGUACAUAAUCUAGAUUUUUGUUUCCAUAGUUUUGCACUUUUAUAGCCUAUUUUUGAAGAUUAACACAUUUGCGAAGAUGAUUGACUUGAUCAUUGCUAAUCUGAUGAGUGUUACAGAAAGCUUGCUCUGACUAUAAGUGUAAAUCUUAAAGGGGGAUACAUCAUAGUAGAGGGCUGAAACUUAAACCUGUAUUUUAAAAAAAUCACCAAAUCUAUGUGAAAACAAGUCAGUUCGUGUUAUGCUGAAAUUAUGGGGGGUUUUCAUAUUUCUCCUUCCUAACCACAUUUCUAAAAGUAUAAAAAUACCAGUUUUUUUUUUCUUUUUCACAGCCCUUGUAUUCCAAAAUAUGUUAUUAUAUUUUGUGUCCAUCAGUAUUAACUAUUGGGAUACUACUGGUUUUGUAUGUUUUUUUCCUUUGGGACAACAGUACAUAUAAUAGAGGUACAAUCUGUUGGAUUUUUGUUUAUGUAUUUAUUUCAUUCCAGUUUGAUUUAUUUUAAUUGUUGAUACUUAAGUUGUCAAACAGUAGAUGUUACUUGUUUUAUUUAUGAUAUAUUUCAGCUUAAAGUUAUGUUAUUAUAUGUGGAUGUAAAUAUAGAUUUGGUGUUUUGCAGUC